UGUUUUUGGUCAAAAAAUCACUAUUUUAGUGAAAAUUUUUUCAUAAAAAAGGCUAGUAACAGUAAAAAAAAUUAUUCCAAAAAGGGUCAGCCAACAUUUAUCUUCACAUGCUAAAUAAUAAUAAUAAUCAAAUAAUGCUCUCGAGUUCAGAUGCCAAAUUUCGAUGUCUUUGGCAUAUGUUCAUUUGGUCAAUUACCUUGACUCUUGUUUCACAGUUCUACUCCCUCACUGACCAUGUUGCAUUUUACGUCUUUGGUGGCCUAAGCAUCAUGGUACUACCCUUUGUGACGUUCCUAUAUAGCACCACAUCAGGCAGAAGAGGGGCCAAUUGGUUGAGAGUAGCGUACGUUGUAUGUGAUCCUGUCAUCGCAUGUAUGGCUGUCGUGCCUGUUUUACUCCUGAACAAACUUUCAUCACUCAUACACGAGAUGGAGUGUUUAUCCAUUGACAUGAAAUCUUGGAAGGAUACACUAAAUUGUUUAGGGAAUAAAUCAACGUCACCAAUUAGGCAGAUUGCUAUAGAGCAAAAAGUGGAUUUUAGUUUUGUGCCUGGGUUUUGGUUGGAGAGGAGAAACUUUUUGGUGGCAAUAGAAGUAAGUGUGGUUAUUCCUUGUGUGUUAGCUCUAAUGAUGGGACGAAGGAGUCGAAAGAUGUACCCUACGACACCUCUAAUAACCUUCUCCUAUUGGCUGAUCACGUCCAUUGAAUGUGUUACUCUAAUCGAGACGGUUUUGUUGUGUGGGUCAUCUCGAGUUGACUAUGCAGUGACCACUGAGGUAACAGUUUGUGUGGCUUGCAUAGUGUGCAACAGUUACGGCAUGGUCACUCUUUGUAGUUAUGUCAGCCCAUUGGCAUGUAGAGGUGAUCAAGAGGUUGUCGCAGCACGUUUCAAUAACGUUUACAAGUACCUCAUUGGAUCGUUCGGAGUUUUGUUUGUCGAAAUUCCCCAGCUAGUAGCCAGGAUUCAGUUGAUAGCCUCAACAUCUGAUUGGCCGUCUUUCUAUGAAAGUUCAUAUCUCUAUCAGGGUGCCUAUAAUCAUGAAAGUUCAAUUCAUUACAGUCAUCACUUCAAACAUAGCGACGAUGUUUUUGUGAUGAAUUCCACAUUUAAAAAUCAACUAGACCCGAAUAUGACGUCUCCAAUGAGAGCUGACCAACUGCAGCAUCAUCCUCCUAUGCUGCCUCAGUCCAUCAUCAACAUCACGCACGGACUCGAAGAUAAGUCACUAAUUUAUAAACACCACCUGCCUGCUUCGUUCUACAUUUGGGGCUUCAAAGACGCUGCAAUGAUCGUCGUCAUCGUAGCGCUUAUGGUUCUUCAAAAAUAUGGCCGCAGUCCGCCUAUCUUUUUACAAAUUUUUGGUAAGGGAAGAGGGUGUGCUGGUGUGGCGUUCGAUAAUCCGGACGCCAAGUUCAUUCCGGAGAAACGGGAUAAAUAUAUCGUCGGUUGCUCCGAUUACAGGGAUGGUGCUCCAAAACUUGACGCGGCUAGAAGCAGUCAGAGGUUGAUAAGAGCGGAUUCCCAAGAUGAUUCCUGCAAGAAGAAUGUUCGAGAGUCAAAUUCCAACGACCGCUACAAAAACAAAUCCAACAAAAUUUUGAUAAAAAAUUAUUCCGACGACACGACAAACGUCAGCCUUAACAGAAACAUCGUCAACAUGACAAUCGUCUCUAACUCUCUACACCUGGAGAAUGCAGCUGCUGAUAGACAAGUUGCAACAACAUCAACGACUGAAAACUACAACAACAGUGACGACAACAACAACAAACAAUCAAAUGACCAUCAGGUGACCAUCUUAGACAAAGUAACAAAUGACAAAAUUUCCGGAUCGGGAGCACUAAUCAACGUUACAGAUAUGUCAACUGAAAUGUCUCUAGACCAGACAAGAGACCCGUCAUUACUGAAACACCGGAGUUCGCUUGACGAAAGCGCAGGUGAGAGAAGACUAAAAAAGAGUGUCAAGUUUAGCUUCAGUGAAGAUAAAUCCGAAACAUCAAAUACAUCAAACGAAAAUUCAAACGCGCCCCUUUCAUUAACAUCAGCCUUGAAACAUCCAUCUAAUCUGAAUAACUCUUCAGGAACUAUUUUAGAUCCAUCUAACAUUGCCAACAACUACAAUAACGACAAUAAUAACAUCAACAAUAACAACAGCAGUAACUAUAAUUAUAACAAUAACAACGGAAAUACGAACUAUUUUAAGAGCGUUUACAAUGGUAAAUUGAAUGCAAACUCCCACAGUAGUGAUAGUUAAUGUUUUAAUGUUUGUAUAUAUUUGGCAUAAGAUUAUUGAUUUAAUGUGUUUGUGUGUACAUAUAUGUGCGUAUAUUUAAACAUGUGUAUGUUUAUAUAUUAUACUAUACUUUAUAUAUUACUAUAUUAUUAUACUAUAUAUAAGUCAGUGUCAUCAUCACAUAUGUAUAUUUGUACAUAUUUUUAAUUAAAGAAAUAAUAUUGGCUAUUUUAAAUGUAGAAAGGAGUUUCAUGUUUAUAAUUUUUGAAUGUUUGUUCUAUAAAUGGUUUAUAUAUUUUUUGUAUGCAUAUAAUAAUUGUGUGUUUGUGUGUGUGUGUGCACGCGCGCGCGUGUGUUAUCCUACCGUGUAUUUUAUUAAUGAACUGCUUGUAGCAUUUUAAUUGAUUUUGUUAUAAAAUGACCUUUGACCUAAAAAA